ACAAAGUCGGCAUAAAAAUAUUCCUCCUAUUUGGAUAUAAUAACGUAAUAAUUACUAUGGCAUCAUCAAACACAAAAAAACAAGCAAAUAAAAUGAUUGGUUCGGCGGGACAGGCGACGACUACUUUGCGUCGACCCGUAACAGUGAUAAAAAAACGAUCGGGUCCAUUAGAUGGUAUGAUCGAUGAGCUCAAACGUGCCGAGGAUGCAACUACAACAAUUACCACAAACGUCUCGACAACGAACCGGAACCCGAACUCCAACGCGAACACGAACGUGAACUCGAACUCCAGCUCGAAAUUCAACUCGAACGUAAGUGACAGUAAUCAGAUGGAGCGAGAGAGAGCAACAAUAACGUGGCUUGCUUCGGGCAGAAAUUCGCCAACUUCAGCUGGACGCCGGCGUUGCCAUACCAAGGAAAAGGAGAAAAAACGGGAACGUUGGCUUUUAACGCGCAAAACAUGGCGAUAUAUGACAGAUGCUGGUCGAAAACUGCUACCAGAUGGCAUACAACAUGGGGCGGAUAGUCUGCCCCACAUCGAGGAGCAGUUUCAGCGUGUCUGCUCCUCGGAGCAACGAUUUAUAUUAUGGCGGCGAAAGUCCUCCUUUCCGGGUGCAUCGAAAAAUUCCAGGAAACGACUUAAAUUAUUAUCGCGACAUCGGAGUAGUUAUGCGGCCUACUCAAAGUCGGGCGAAAGCGAACUCAAUGAGAAUGUAGAUCAAACAAUUGAACUAUUGCAAACCUAUCUUAAAAUACGCGAUUCUUAUAAAACAACAACGCUGCUGGGCACCAAAACGGUUCGGCCCGAUCAGACAUCAUCGCCCAGUUCUCAGCGCCCCAAUUACGGUAAAUCACUAUUGAGUUCGAAGAGUUCGUCGAGUUCGUCGGCUGCAUUCGAUUCGAAUUCAAUUUCGAACGAGCAGCAGCAAAUCGAGUCUGUGCUUUUGGAGCGUUUGAAAUUUCUAAAAAGUUCCUCACUCAGCGUUAUCCAAAUAGGCAAUGUGACACCGGAAAUAUUAGAAGAUAAAGCCCAUCUAAGGAAAAUCUAUAAUAUAUUAAAGAAACAGCAACUGCAUCGCAUUCUACAUUCCUCAGAGCCAAAAACAAAGUCGAACCUCAGCGGAGCAACAUCAUUUUCGAGUCUAUUUAAUUUUAACACUAAUUACGAAAAUAACCCAACAGAAUUGUGUAAUUUUGAGGAGAGUAAGGCACAAAACCCCAUAUUAGAAGGCCACCAUGAUCUUAGUGCAAAAUUAUUACAAAGCCUAAAAACAAAAACACAAACAACAACAACAAAACGCCAACAAAUUCCCCCAGAAUCGCUGGAGCUCAUUCACAGUACAAGAAAUAUAUCUAACAAGACUCCAAUUGGAUAUGCCAGACCAGUACAAAAAUCCACCAAUUCGUGUGGAACGCAAACAAAUUUUAUACAACUAAGCGAAAUUAAAAUACUGGCAAGAAACUAUGAAUUAAUGCUGGAAAACUCCGAGCUAUCGGAGGCCGAAGAGGGGGCGGCGGCGGGAGGUAAUUCAAGUCGGCGAAGAAGUUCCAUUGAUAACGAGGAUGUAUCCCAAUCCGUGAGCGAUACAAUUAAGCGAUAUCUGAGAAUGGCGAGGAAGAAAAGCGUACACGACGGCGAUGCGAGUCGCUUUAAGUCGGUGAACUAUGAUCGGAAUCUGAGAAAUAUCAAGGCAAAGGGGGAAAUAAAUCCCCCGGGCAUGGAUGAGGAUAAUCAUAAGGCAGUACAAACAUUGGAUGCUUGGGCACUGGUCGCCUUGGACUUUAUUCGGGGCAAUGAGAAUCCAAGGAACUUACAGAAUGCACACAUCGCCUGGCAAAAGGAGCUCGACGAGCGCAUUCGCAAGCGGAACGAGUGGGAAAUGAACCGGCAACAGGAGCGAGACAAUGAAAUCGCCAAUCAGUCCAAGAAUCACUUCCAACCCGCCUCGGCUCCAACCUCGCCAACGAGAUCUAUGCACAGUCCCAAGGAGAAGACUGGAAAAACGGCGGGCGCCUUACUCAGUUCGAGUUCCCAGUUUUUAUCCAAUUUGUGGAACACAAACCCAACUGAACAAUCCACUUCGCAAAACUAUAAAAACGGGAAUGUAAAUGAGACAUAUCUAAAUUCUAAAAAUGAAACAACCAAUAUGCAAAAAUCAAAAUCGUUGUCAAAUGUUGGGCAAUACGUUUCAAGAAAGAUUUGGGGAAGUCGCUCCAAAUGUCAGAGCAGGCAGGAUCACAGCCAGGACUUUCUGGCGCAGCGUGAAAAAUGGGUACCAUCGGAGAACUGCACAUGGAUAUCGACGCAAGGACAGAUCCUUCAAUUAACGGACACAUCCUUGGAAAAACUAUCCGAUGUCGAAGCAGAGAUGCUUAUGCACAUUGCUUUAGAAAAGAUUAAAGAACUUAAUAUUGGAAUGAAUAUUGAUUUACAACGCAAAGCUCCAAAAAGACGAGUAAUCUCAAAGAAAAGAGCUCUGACAACAAGUUUCUUUGAUAUUGGCAAAAAGGAUGAAAACAAUGGACGUGAUAUUUUAUUUGGGGCCCCGCUGGAAAAUUGCUUGUCGAGGGAUAGAAAACGAGCCGGAGAUUCAGAGUGCGGCUCAAAACAUUCGCUGACUUCAGUCUUUCAUAGUAACAACGACAACCGCUGUCGUCGAGGUGGACAAUCCAAUGAUAAUAUACGUUCCUAUGAAAGUUUACCAACGAAAUCCUUGGAUUGCGGUCGCAGUAGUCCCUCCGAGCAGUUUAUGGAGCUUAAGAAAUCAUCAUCGAUAUCAAAAAAAAUGUCCUGUAGCCAGUUUGAUAUGCGACACGUUGAACUGGAUCUCGAUCGAAUCUUAUUCGAAGAAUCUAAAAAUAGUUUCAUGCUAAAUGUGCCGAUAUUUGUAAUGAUCUGCAUAGAAUAUCUGGAGGAGCACGGACUACAGAAAGUGGGUCUCUUUCGCGUUGGUACAUCCAAAAAACGUGUUAAGCAACUCCGUGAUGAAUUUGAUAGGAAUAAUAGCAUGUGUAUUCCUGACAAUACCUGUCCACAUGAUGUGGCAACAUUGCUCAAAGAGUUCUUAAGGGAUCUACCAGAACCCCUGCUCUGCAAAAGAUUAUAUACAGCAUUUUUGGAGACUCAACGUAUACGGAAUCGUCGCCUGCAGCUGGAAGCCAUAUCACAUCUUAUUAAAUUGCUACCGAUUGUGCAUCGUGAUACAUUAUAUGUUUUGCUCAAGUUCCUGGGAAAUGUUGCAGCCCAUUGUGAUGAUAUCUGUGCUAGAGAUGGAACUGUUCAAGUGAUCGGCAACAAAAUGGAUAGCAAUAAUUUAUCCACAGUCUUUGCGCCAAAUAUUUUGCGUGAUUCGACGCCAAAAGCAGCUGAAUAUAAAGAGCAGGGAAAUAUGGGGGACGCAAUUAAUGUUAUUAGAAUAAUGAUUGAUCACUGUGAGGAAAUCUUUAAAGUGCCUGUUGAAAUUAUGGAUGUGCUUUACUCUCAUAUGCUGGAUACUUGUCCAGAAAAACUGUACGACUUAAUAAUAAACAAAGUGGAUCAGUCAUUAAGUAAUCAAAUUGAAAGCUCUACGUCAAUUAGGAGCCCGGUUCACUUAAGCGACGCUAGCUAUAAUUCGGCUAUUUUAUCUGAUGAGAGGCGACAAUCAACUCCAGUUUUACUUGAUCAUUUGAAUGUAUUCUCAGCCCGUCUACAAAUAUCAGUGCCGGCGGAGGGCUCUCUACAAAUAGCCAAGCCAGCCGCUCUCAAGGAGAGUAAAAUACAAAGUGUGACUACGGAACCCAAACUACCAGCGAGUAUAUCCAAUAUUGGUGGGGCAACAAUGCAUGCAAAGACUGCGGAAUUUGAGAAAACGCCGCCUGGUAACAAUACCAUUUAUAAUGGGACACAAAUGCCAACAUCCAAAGCGAGACCACUCUAUAAACGGCAGCAAUUAAUACCUAGUGCAAGACGAAGAAAUUAAUACAUU